AUGGCAUUAAGCUGGCCCAGCUUAAUCAUCCUGAUAUUUGCAUAUACGACACAUGCGGCAAACUACACUCUCACACCUGAGUUGAUGAAUUUCAUUCCUAGCUGUGCUCAAGAAUGUUUCAUCUCAUUUCUAGAAUCGAAUUUUCCUUACGACCUUUGCGGAAAAACACCGACGUUGAACUGCUUGUGUACACAUAACAGCACAUCGGGAUACACGGUUGGGGAGGGAGCAGUACAAUGUAUAAUAUCAGAAGAUAAUAUUGGCUUUUGCCAAGGAAACAGUUCAAAGCCAACUGUUGUAACUAAUGCAUAUGCCAUGUGUAGCGGGGAACCGGAUGCGCUUCCCGAGACUCAUGGCACGAUCACAGCAACAUUGAUCGUACAAACUUCAAUGCCGAGCAUUGUCUUAGUAGCUCCUCCGGCCACAACAAGUAGUUCUGGAAGCUCGAGUACCCUUCAGACAACCAGCUCUGGCUUCAAAACUAUGACGACAGGUCUUCCAACGGCAUCAGCUGUCAAAACUACAUCGAUGUCGAGCACAGCCUCGGCUGAGGCAGCCACCGGGACAGGAGCAGCAACACCAACAUCUUUAACAAAGUCUCAGAUCGUUGGCAUUACGGUGGCUUCAGUUGGCGGUACAGCGGUGAUGCUGGGAAUAGUCAUAUGUUUCGCGUGCUGGCGAAGGAGAAAGCUAAGGCGAGCUCGAGAGAGCGAUCUGAUACCAUUCCAACUCGAUCCUCCAGCACAUCUGAUCGAAAAGAAGAAGUAUCACUACAGCUUCCGAGGACCUGUUCAGAGAAUACCAGGAGGAACAGCCAACGGGAUCGCAGCAAAGGUACCACCUCGAGCAGCAAGGGCCGCACCCCCAGUACCGCCAAGGCUUGAUACUUCAGAUCCUCUCAUGUUUUCCAGGAGAAGCAUCAGACCUGAGACAAUUGGAGUGGCCAUAUCUCCAGACAACAAGGGGUCGAUGGCUGCACAGCAACGAAGAUCAUCGAGACUUCUUCCUGAAAAACCUACAUUGAAGUUGAAAAUGCCACAGCAAGAAAGGGAGUACACAAGUGGCCUUUCAUUCUCGCAACCAGUUGUUGGUCCUUCAGUCAUGAGCAGGCAAAGUGUAGCGACUCAAUUUGAAGAAGACAUCGAAACCGCCGAUACAGCUGUCAAUACGGAAGACUCUUGGACUAGAAAGUCAACAGAUAGAAUCCUGUACAAUUCGCCUAGCAAUGGGAGAACAGUUCGACCUGUAUAUCCUGAAGAAGACAGAGACGAAUACCCGUGGCGUCCAGGUCAACCAGCUGACGUCAACGGGAAUCCGGACAUCUAUGUCAGACCACUUAGCAUAGCAGGACGGAAGAUGGCCAGCUUUUCUCAACCUAGAAAACCAGAUGCCUACCCACUGACGCAAUUAGCGAUACCAGAAUCACGUCCUUUGACAGGAUCAUCUUCUGUGUACUCGGGCCGCGGUUCUGUUCCUGGCAGUGAUGCUGGUAGGAAUAAUCCAGCACGCCGUUCGUAUCAACAAGCUGGUCCAUACGACAGCGAGACCAUCGAGCUUACUUUUGCACCAGAGGAGGUGGAGCCACCACGGACAGGAGGAAUGCGAACAGGAGGAAUGAAGGAUUUGUCUCCCGUUGUAGAAUCACCUGCUAGUGGACGAAGUCCUGUCAGCUAUCCUAAGAUCCCUGAAUCUAUCAGUCCGACCAUAAUGCGUAUGAAUUAUGGACCUCCACCUCCGCAACCAGACUUCACGAAAGCGAUGGGAUCAGGACAAGCACAGAACAAUCAGCCUUGGCGAGCUGCUGAGAUCAAAGCCCAGCGAGAACGAGAACAAAUUGCCCGGCAACAAGCCCAAGAUCGAGCCAGAUCUCCUCCGCAAACCAUGCUUCGUAGAGCAGCUUCAGCAAGAGUGCCCCGUCAGCAGAACUCAACAGGAAUCGACACGAUGAACUUUCCCGCUCCUCCUAGCCAAGCAGUAACUCGAUCUCCGACAACACAAGAGGAAAUCCACCCCGCUCUACGGACGAACGAACAAGAAGAGACCAUCGAACCUCCACCACGUUCACAAACGGCUCCAUUAACAGACGCAACAGGAGGGUGGCGAUACAACCCCUACAUCCCAACCUCAACCCGGUCUCGCUCUCAAAACCAGAACCAACGCCCACAACCCUCACCAUACCAAACCCAACGCCAAAACUCAGCCCAAAUAGCGUCCACCACAACCUCCUCCUCAACCACGCUCCCCACCUCCCUAAACCCCCUCAUGAGUCCAACCUGGCAACCACAAAUCCAACUUCAACCCCAGCAACCACCACCAACAACCUACCACCCACCAACCCGCAGCUCCUCCGCCCUCUCCUCCCACUCCCACACCUCCAAAACAUCAACCUCCUCCUCCCUCCUCGCCAAGCGCCUCGGCGAGCAAAAAGCCUCUCGCCUAGCUCUGCAAACCGACGAAGGCAAGCGGCGCCAACAAGCCAAGUGGCGCGUGCUCGGCAAGGAAGAACAAGAUCGGGCGAAGGAGGGGAAUUGGAGGCCGAUGCUGGGUAGGAAACAGGGGUUUGGUAUGGGAGGAGGAGGGGAUAUUAUGGUGCAGUUUGCGGGCGAGGGAGAGGGGCAGGGGAGGGAGUUUGAGAGGAUGGAUUUACCGGCUACGCCGGGUUGGUUGCCGAGGUUGACGCCGACGAGGAGGGGGGAUGAGUUGUUUUUGAGUGUGCAGUGA